CUCGCGAGUUUUCUCCCUUUAUGGAAUUCUCUUGACAGCGAGCAUGGCUUCCAAACAAGCAGGACAGAUUGACAUCGGACAGUUACCAAUCCCUCAGUUAAAUCAACUUGUACAGCAGUUAGAACAGGAAAUAGAAUUGUUCACAUCAUCCCUGAACCAAUUGAAGCUUGCCCAGCAGAAGUUUCUGGAGUCUCAGGAAUGUUUAAACAAAGUCAACCCAGAGAACAAUAGUAAAGAUAUACUGGUGCCCCUUACUAGCUCUAUGUAUGUUCCAGGACAACUGAGUGAUGUUUCAAAUGUCCUUGUAGAUAUUGGAACUGGUUACUAUGUAGAAAUGGCAGUGACUAAAGGGAAGGAGUACUUCAAAAGAAAAAUAGAUUAUGUCACCAAACAAAUGGAAAAAGUUCAACCUCUUCUAGCAGAGAAGUACAAAAUGAAACAAGUAACCAUGGAGAUUUUACAACUUAAAAUCCAGAAUCAGAUACAAUCCCAGCAGGCUGCUGGUGCAGUUAAAUCCUGAGUGAAUGAUGACAGACAACAGUAAACCAGGCAUAGACUGUUUACAUCAUUAACACUGAGGAAAUUCUGGCGAUAGUGACCUGUGUGCUAAUAUUUACCAUUACAAACCUUUGUAGCAUAAUCUCUCACUAUAAAAUAAACACAUGUUGUUUAUCAUAAUGUGAAUAAAUACAUAUAGUUGUCAUAAAAA